GCCGCCCUCGGAGGCAGCCUUCAGUCUUCUUGAGACGGAGCGACCAGGGCCACCGCCGACAUGUCGCUCAGCUGGUCGGCGAAAGACCACAAGAACACGAAUCAGGCCGCCGCCGCCGGGCUGAAGCGCUCGCGCAACGACGCGGGGAACAAAGUGACCGUGGUGCUCGGCGCGCAAUGGGGCGACGAGGGGAAAGGGAAAGUCGUUGAUUUAUUGGCGACCGAGGCUGACGUCGUCUGCAGGUGCCAGGGCGGCAACAACGCGGGACACACAGUGGUGGUGGAUGGCAAGGAGUAUGACUUUCACCUCCUUCCCAGCGGAAUCAUCAAUCCCAAAAGCAUAUCACUCAUCGGCAAUGGAGUGGUCAUACAUCUACCUGGCUUGUUUGAAGAGGGAGAUAAAAAUGACAAGAAAGGUUUAAAAGGCUGGGAUAAAAGGCUAAUAGUUUCUGACAGAGCUCACAUCGUGUUUGAUUUCCAUCAAGUCGUUGAUGGCUUACAGGAAACUGAGCGACAAGCACAAGAAGGAAAAAACAUUGGAACAACCAAGAAGGGCAUUGGACCUGCGUACUCCAGCAAAGCCUCACGCACUGGCCUACGUGUGUGCGACCUCCUGGGCGACUUUAAGGACUUCUCCACUCGAUUCAAGAACCUGGUCCACCAGUACCAGUCCAUGUAUCCAUCCUUGACAGUCGAUGUCGAGGACCAGCUGAAAAAACUGAAGGACUACGGUGAGAGAUUGCGGCCAAUGGUCCGAGACGGAGUCUAUUACAUGUACGAAGCUCUUCACGGGCCUCCAAAGAAAAUUCUGGUUGAAGGGGCCAAUGCUGCUCUGCUUGACAUUGACUUUGGCACAUAUCCUUUUGUGACGUCCUCAAACUGCACCGUAGGAGGUGUGUGCACUGGUCUGGGCAUCCCUCCACUCAACAUCGGUGAAGUGUUUGGCGUAGCGAAGGCCUACACCACCCGAGUGGGAAUUGGAGCUUUCCCCACAGAGCAACUCAAUGCAGUCGGCGAGCUGCUGCAGACAAGGGGGCAUGAGGUCGGUGUGACCACCGGAAGGAAGCGGCGCUGCGGAUGGCUGGACCUUGUCAUCGUCAGAUAUGCUCACAUGAUCAAUGGCUUCACAGCCAUUGCUUUGACAAAACUUGACAUUCUGGAUGUGCUGGAUGAAAUUAAAGUCGGAGUUGCCUACAAACUCAAUGGAAAGAGAAUUCCACAUUUCCCAGCCAACAUGGACGUGUUGCACAAAGUCGAGGUUGAGUAUGAGACUUUCCCUGGCUGGAAGACAGACACAUCUGCUGCCAGGAAGUGGAACGACCUACCAGCCAAAGCACAGAACUACAUCCGCUUCAUUGAGAACCACAUUGGAGUCCCCAUCAAGUGGGUCGGCGUCGGAAAGUCCAGAGAGUGCAUGAUCCAGAUGUUUUAGAUGUCUGCCGCACUAUGAUGGAGGCUCAAACAUUUUCCCAUGAUGUGGCAGCAUUUCAUCACCUAAAAAGAUCAUCACUAAUAAUAAACUUAUGCGAC